UUCACACUUCGCCAUUCAUUCUGCUAAAGGCCUUGGAUUUUUGUUCCAUUUUGCUCGUCAAUUUACUGCAAUUCCAAAUCUACCGAAAUAGUUCUUGAAACGUACUUGAAUAGUUUAUUACCACUUGGUUUGAUGGCGUGCACAAAAGCUCGACCGGGACGCCUUCCAUUCGUCCUAGAAGAAGACGAUUGUGAAAUGGACAGGUCUUCCACCGACGCCAACAGCGGUUGUAGUCCUUCUCGGCUCAUUGCACCAGUAUCACCCGAAUUCACAGACGAGGGUUGGGAUCUUGGCUUUUCAAGUCCUUUUAGAGAUUGCAUGUCAGAUGAAUCACCGGAAAAAGCCAAAAUGAGUGGUUGUACUACUCCGCCUCUGUCGCCUCCUUCACUGGGUGCGCUUCGCUUGUUCGACUCACCUCAGACGCCAAAAAGUUUACUUGAACGUUCGUCCAAUGUGAAUCGCACAAUGGAUUUUAAAAGGCCUGUGUCGAGACUGCGCCGUGGCUUACUAAAAGGUCGUGGAUUUGAAAGUGAACCCCGAAUGGGACCGCGAUCUCGCCAGGUAACUGCAAACGUGAACCCGUUUACUCCAGACUCAGCCAUUGGUGCGAAGCGAGCAAGACAAGGAGAAGGAAGGAAUGGCUCAAUUUGUAAUGAUAAUGACGAUGAAGAUAUGGACGAUGAUGAUGACGAAAUAUUUGGAAACCCAGCUAAGAGACUUGCACUCCAUGAGAGUAACAUUUCGCGUUACAAUGCAGAAUUUGUUGAAAUAAGCACAAUAGGAUCUGGCCAGUUUGGCUCUGUACAUAAAUGUCUAAACAGACUAGAUGGAUGCAUCUAUGCAUUGAAGCGGUCUCUGAAACCAGUAGCUGGUUCUAUUGAUGAGCAAAAUGCGAUGCGUGAGGUGUAUGCCCAUGCUGUCCUAGGAAAGAAUCCUCAUGUCGUACGAUAUUACUCUGCAUGGGCAGAAGAUGGACACAUGUUGAUACAGAAUGAGUACUGUGAAGGGGGAAGUCUGGCUGACGUGAUUGAAAGAAAUGCAAAACAAAAUGAAGCUAUGGCAGAAGGAGAAUUAAAACAGCUUCUCAUACAAAUAGCUGAGGGUCUGAAGUAUAUCCACUCACUGGCUUUGGUUCAUAUGGAUAUCAAACCUGGGAACAUAUUUAUCAGUUACAGCUCAGGUAUUGAUGAAUGCAAUCACAGUGGUGAUGAAGGAUUUGAUGAAAAUGACACCCCAGGCCCAAGGAAAAGAACACCACUUUAUAAAAUAGGUGACUUGGGUCAUGUUACAUCAGUGAGUAGUCCUCAAGUGGAAGAAGGUGACUGUAGAUUUUUGCCCAAUGAAAUACUACAAGAAGAUUAUUCUGCCUUACCUAAAGCUGACAUUUUUGCUCUAGCACUGACGGUUUUUCUAGCUGGUGGAGGGCCAGAACUUCCAAAGAAUGGUGAAGAAUGGCAUGAAAUCAGGAGAGGCCAACUACAAAAUCUUGAGAAAAUCUCAAAAGAAAUGAAUUCACUAUUAAAGCUAAUGAUUAACCCUGUGGCUAAAGACCGACCAUCUGCCACAGCCCUGACACAACAUCCAGUUCUUUGUCCUCUUGCAGCAAAAUCCAAGGCCCAACUCAGAAAGGAACUGAAUGCUGAAAAAUUUAAAAAUGAAGUCUUAUCCAGGGAGCUGGAGGAGGCAAGAGUACAACAAAAGAACUCUCCUCAGCGUAAAAUAGGACUUGGGUCUCAAACCCGUAACUCUAGAGUCAUAGGACAGAAAGUUAACAGAAGCAUGAGUUUAAGUGUCAUUAUGUGAAUGAUGAUUGUUGUAAAUACUGUUUUACUGGUUAUCUCAGAGAUAAUGUUUUACCUUUUUUACAGGAUUUUUUAACAGGUUACCUUGAAUUUAGACUAUAUGAAAUCAUUAAUUUUCUAUAUUUUUACAUAACACAGGGUUUUACUGAAUCAAAUAUUUUGAAAAUGAAACAAAAUUAAUUGUAUAAGGAUGGGUUAUUUAGGUGAUAUUGAAAUAAAUUUUUUUAAAACAAAGACAUGGAAUGUGUAGAAAUUUAUUGAAUGCUCACAAUGACCCGAUUAAUCUGAAAUUAGAAAUACAACAGUGACAACUAUUUUUGUGCUCAUUUUUGCAUUGAAGAUUGAGCCAUCACUUGUCACUUCCUGGUUAUCCUUUAACCCCUGAGAGUGAUUAGCAUCUUAUUUCUAUGCUGAAUCAAACACCAAGGUCAUGAGAAUAAAGGAAAUGAUCAACACCUUUUAAAAGAAGCUCUUAACCCUUUAACUUUCAUUAGUGACGAAGACAGAAUUUCUCCUUACUCUAUCUAUACAACAUCAGGCAGAUAGGUGAUGAGAAUAAAGGAAAAUAUCAAUUAUGGGAUCACAAAUUGAUCUGAUACCAGAUUCUCCAAACUACUAUAAUGAGAAUCAUUAGGCAGACAGUAAGGAGAAUUAACAUUGAGAUCUUGGGAGUUAAAGGGUUAAUAGGUUGACAAAUAUCAGGAAAUGUACAAAGAACAGUAUGGAGAAUAUGCAAACUGAUUUUAGGGACCAAUGGGUUAAGUGUGGGAUGAGGUGGAUGCAAGGUUGUAUGACAAGAUUUCAAUUAGUCAAACUGUACAAAUACAUUUUCCUAACCGCUUCAAUGGGAAUCUAAAAAUAGAGUUCUGAAGUAAAAGACAUGCCCAUUGAAUUAAUCUUCUAUUACUGUUUAGACAAAUUAAUUCUUAGCUUACAGUUUGUGGUAAAAAGCACUCUGACUACUUUAAAUGAUAGCCUUCCAUGGUUACUGAUCACACUAGAACCCAACAAUGAGCCCUUCCCUACCUUGACAGAAACAAGCAGCCCCAAUGAAAGAGAAAGGAAGCUUCCUCAAAGAUUUUGUUAGUAAUCUAUUACACCAGAGUCUCGCCUUUCAUAUGUCUGCAUAAAAUUUCAAACUAUCAAUUGACACCUUUCAAGUUGUGAGAAGUAGCUUAAUGUCAACAUUGUGUUUCACACUACAUUGAAUCCUAAUUGACAAAAGAAACAAGUACCUCAAAGAAAUACUUGACUUCCUUUUGUUAUAAGCUUGGAUAAAUUAUUUAAAAACCUUUGAACCCAGACGAGGAUUCAAGCCUGAUACCAUCUGAUUUCCUUAACAAGUAGUCCAUUGCUUAAGCUACAAACACUCCUUAGCAAGAUAAGCUCAAACUAGGUUUAGCAAAUUAAUUCAUUACAUUUGUCAUUUAGAUUCAGAAAAACUUUUUUUAAGUGGUAGCAUGAAUAGAAAUCAAUAAAAUAAUGGAGUCAGUAA